GAAUAUGCAUCGGUUGGUUUGCCAUCAAACUGCUUGAGCACGAAAUAAUUAAAACUUUCUGUUGAAAUUGUUUCAAAUUUUGGUGAAAGAAAUACCUGAUCGCAGUUAAAUUUUGCCAGAUAGCUGGGUCAAAAUGUGAUCGUCUUAUAACAGUACACAUGUAGAAGUUAGUUGAUUUGAUGACACUGUAUGAAACAAGGUUGUAACAGCGUCCCCUUUCAGCCUGACAAUGUCAGCCCCACCCUCGGGAUUUGGUCGUGGUGGACGUGGAGCAGCCCUUCGGAGCAUUCUCGAGAACCCAGUUCGUGCCCCAGGGCAGGCCCGAAAUGGGCAGCCGCAACAGAAGCAGGUCUCAAGCCCAACAUCAAGCAACGGGAUGGCUGCAUCAGCCCAAAAUGGGCAACAGAAACAAGUGACGCCCCCAGCCCCCAGCAAUGGAACAACUGCCCCUCCGAGGCCAGCUGGCAGAGGAUUGGCCGGCUUGUAUCAACAGCUGCAAAUAAGCAGAGGAAACUCCCCGUCUGGAUCAGGGACAUCAACUCCAAAAUCGUCCACUCCAACUCCAGCAGGAUCAGCUUCUCCAGGUUCCGGAGCAGGAACACCACACUCUGGCACCGGAACCCCACCAAUGGGCCGUGGUCUGGCAGCUCUGGCAUCCCGCAGCCCUGCGGCCUUCGGUCGGGGGAUCGCUGGCCUUAAACCUAAGGCUUCACCCCUCACCCAGAGCCCGCCAGAGCAGGCGACCCCUAUUACGCCCAUUUCACCCACCUCCACAGCUGCUGCAACCGGUACAGCCACCCCUGAAACCAGGAAAGAAUACGCUGGUAUGCAGAGAAAAAUUCCACCUCCGGGUCGACUUGGAGAAAGGAUACAGGCGGCAACGAACUACAUUCCAAUCCAGUUUGAGACGGAUGCCAUCUACCAGUAUGCUGUAUUGUACUCGCCUCAUGUUGAGAGCAAGAGGAUGAGGAUGCGUCUUCUCUACACCCACCUUGAUGAGAUCAGUAAAGUCAGAGCCUUUGACGGAAUGGUGUUAUUUAUGCCUCUCCAUUUUCCAGACAAGGUGACUAAGUUCAAGUCUAUGGGGCUUAAAGAGGACACGGAAUACGAGAUCAAAGUGCAAUUUGUCAAAGCUCUGCACCCGAAGGAGUGCAUUCAACUCUACAAUAUCAUCUUUAGAAGGAUCAUGAAGCUUCUAAGCAUGAGCCAAGUUGGCCGUCACUACUACAGCCCUGGACUCUCCAAGUCCAUUCCACAACACAAACUGGAGAUUUGGCCGGGUUACGUCACUGCCAUCAAUGACUAUGAGAGAGGACUCAUGUUGCAUCUUGAUGUCUCUCACAAGGUGCUGUGUUAUGAGACAGUCCUCGAUACCAUGACUGAAAUAUACAAGAGGAACCCGAGGGGCUACCAGGAGGAAUGUGUCCGCCAGAUCGUUGGGACUAUAGUUCUGACUCGUUACAAUAAUCAGACGUACCACGUGGAUGACAUCGCUUGGGACAAAAACCCACAGAAUAAAUUUAUGUACCACAACAAAGAGGAGAUGACCUUUGUGGACUACUACAAGAAAGCCUACCAGAAGGAGAUCUCAGAUCUAGGGCAACCACUUCUGAUCAGCCGCCCCAAGAAACGAGAGCAGCAACAGAGAGGGUCAACGGUCGAAGUGCUUUGCCUGAUUCCAGAGUUGGCGUGUCGUACAGGGUUGACAGACGAGAUGCGGAGUGAUUUCAGAGUCAUGAAGGAUCUUGCGUCGCACACGCGUAUCACGCCAGCCCAGAGACAUCUCUCGCUGCGGAAGUUCGUUGAUAACAUCCACGCGAAUAAAGACGCUCUGGCUGAGUUGAAGAACUGGGGCAUGACGUUAGAUAGAGACAUCCUAGGGCUUGAGGCAAGACAACUCCCAAGAGAGAAGAUCACGAUGAGGCAGAACACCAUCUUAGCCAAUCGGGAAGCUGACUGGGGCAGGGAGAUGUGCCGGGAUAAGGUCAUCGUGCCAGUGGAUCUUAGAAACUGGCUGCUGGUAUUCUGCAAGCGGGACGCCAGCCGAGCUGGCGAUUUCCUGAACAUGAUGGAGCGAUGCUGCCCCCAGAUGGGGGUACGAAUCCAGGCGCCAACCCGUUUUGAGCUGCAGGACGACAAAACUCAGACCUAUCUCAGUAACAUCAGGAGUGCCAUCAACCCAGAGUUGCAACUCGUGGUUAUCAUUUUCCCAACGUCCAGAGAUGACCGCUACAACGCAGUCAAGAAACUAUGCUGCGUUGAGAAGGCUAUUCCGUCGCAGGUGAUUAUUUCAAGAACUAUAAGUCAGCAACAGAAGCUGCGAAGUGUUACUCAGAAGAUUGCGCUUCAGAUUAACUGCAAGCUGGGCGGUGAAUUGUGGUCCCUGGAAAUACCUGUGAAACAUCUGAUGGUAGUAGGUAUCGACGUCUACCAUGACGCAGCUCGCGGAGGGAAAUCCAUCGGCGCUUUCGUUGCAAGUACCAACGGCUUGCUGACGAGAUGGUAUUCCAGGGUGUGUUUUCAGACUCCGAACCAAGAACUCAUCGAUGGCCUGAAAAUCUGUCUGGUAGCCGCCAUCCGCAAGUAUCAUGAGGUGAACCACAACAUGCCAGAGAAGAUUGUGAUAUUCCGAGAUGGUGUCGGAGACGGGCAGCUCUCUACCGUGGCAUCGUACGAGCAGGAGCAGCUGUCGUCAUGCUUUGUGAUGUUCGGAGAGACUUAUGCCCCUUCACUGACCAUCGUCAUUGUACAGAAGAGAAUCAACACCAGGAUUUUCGCUCUUUCGAAUGGGAACAAUCUUGAGAAUCCUGCCCCGGGUUGCGUCGUGGAUCACACCAUCACCCGACCGAACUGGUACGACUUCUUCCUCGUUAGCCAGCAUGUUAGACAGGGUACUGUCACGCCAACUCACUAUGUGGUGGUGUAUGACACUAGCAAGUUCACCCCGGACCAUAUGCAAAGAUUGGCAUACAAGUUGACCCAUCUCUACUACAAUUGGCCGGGUACCGUCCGCGUCCCUGCCCCCUGCCAGUACGCCCACAAACUGGCCUACCAGGUCGGUGAGAACCUGAAGAAGGAACCAUCUCUGGAGUUAUCCGACAGGCUCUUCUUCCUGUAAAGUUCCCAAGGCCAGUUCAUUUAACCGUGGGCCAAUCAAAUCUUGACCGGACAAGCCAGCUGGUCUUUUCAAUUGACUAAUUACAGUAUCUUUUCGUUUCCGUUGAGAGACAAAGUAGCAUGACAAAUAAGAUUAAAGCCAUUGGACCCUUUCGGUAAACAGUAUUGUCCAAGGCCCACACUUCGUGUAUCACAACUUAUAUAUAAAAUAACA